CAGAAUUAUAAAUUUUGUUAUUGUUCUUGAGAUUGAAAUGGAGGGAACAUCAUUCCACCCAUUGUCUCGGAACAGACACGCAUGCGGUGAUAUAACCCUUCGCGGCGGCCGGCAUGUUUACUUUCCUCGCUCAUACCCAUUUUCCUCCCUCAUUUUCACACUGAAAGUCCAUUCGGCUCUUCGAGACCUGCUGAACGCACAACAUGGCGGAUCCAACAGGAAAUCCAGAAAAUGGGGACGGCAAUGGCGAGGAUCUUGACGAAUACUCUGAUUCCGGUCUGGCUGGACAACCGCCGGAUCAACAGCUGUACAACAGCGUUAUGUACGGCGGGGCAGGACAGGGACAAGCCCAGAACCAAUUCCAGAGUAAUAUCCAAGGCUCUUUUCCAUUUACGCAGCAAACAUAUGGAACUGCACCACCUCCACCAACUUCAAAUCCAUACCAAUACCCGGCCAUAGCGAAUAGUUCCCUAUGGCCAGGCUCCAUCUUCCUGGGGCAGCAGCGGCCAACAACAGGCAUGGCUGGGGGUUACGACCCAAGCUUCAUUGGUCAAGGGUAUUCAUUUGGACCUCCUCCUUUCUCUGCCCCAACAUAUGGUGGCUUCGGACAGCCUGGUCCUAGCAGGUCUGGCGGUAACUAUAUGCUGCCCCCACCUAACAACGGCUCCACCAAUCUAUUCCAACAAAACACAAAUCGGUAUCCAGACCCAAAUACCGCUGCCACUGGGUACCAGGACCCGCGUCCAGCAAAUCCGAAUCCUCCCCAAGUUCCAGCUCCAGCUCCGUACCAACCGCCACAAGAGCAAAAUCGUCCUCCACGAGCACAAUAUUUCCUCCAACCCCUAGAUUCCCUCCCACUCAUCGGGCUCCCGCAAACGCAAAACCGCCGGAUUGAGCACGGCUCCGGUGCAGGUCCCUUGGACCCAAGCGUGCACGGGCACUUCCCAAUUCCAAUUGCCCAUGAAGAACUCGCGUACUCAAAUCCCCCCGAAUGGGAAAGACAGAUGCUCUACUAUGUCGACGACGGCGCGCAGCGAGUUGGCGAGAGCCGGGAUGACUACCUCAGGCGAGCAUCGCGAGCCAUUGUGCACAUGGGAAUCGAAGUUCGGCGCCGACCAGCCCCGCCUCCAAAUCAGGACAGGCAAGCGCAACGGAGAUGGCAAGUGAACAUCGAGUUGCAAGAAGCUGACCACCGCGAUUGGAUGGAUCCUACUGAUGAGGCGUAUAAUCCCAGGUAUGCCAUGAACUUUCUGGCAGAGACUGAUGCCCUAAGAGCGAGGAAUGCUCAGCGCCGUGCGACAGCUGCGGCACUUCUUCGGCGUGAGUUUGCUGCGAUUGGUUAUCGUAAUUUUACCCACUCGCUGGCGCCGCAUGAGAGUAGUGACGAGCUUUUUACGCAUGACCAUGAUAGUCGGCCGUUAUUUGGAGAUGGAGGACUUUCGCGGGGCACCGGCGGUCAGCCCAGUCGAGGAAGAGCUCCUCAACCAAGAAAGGGAGCGCGUCCACGAAGAGGAACAGCUCUUCAACCAACGGGGGGAUCACGUCCACCAAGAGGGGGGGCUGGUCAGCCAAGAGGAAGCACUCGUGAAACUAGGGGGCCUAAUAAUCCCCUACAAGCUGGAGGACUGGGUGGGCAGGGGCAGGGAGUGGACGAGGAGGCGGAAGAGGAAUAUGAGGAAGAAUAUUCUGAGCAUCGUUGCCUUCCAUGCGGCAAAAGGAAGAUAGGUUGUUCCGUACAGAAAACUGGGUUCCCGUGUGAUAACUGCAAAAGAACUGGGAGAAACUGUGUUCGUUUACCACUUGGAAAAAGGGGAGUCAAAUCAGGAGACAGGAGAGGGGGAUAUAACAAGAGCGAGGUGCAAAGGCGAAAGGAAGAGGAUAAAAGGAGAGAGGGUGGGGGAAGGUGGGGAAGGAAGAAAGUUGUCGACGAGGAAGAUGAGGACGAUGAAGAGGACGAGGAGGAUAUCCCUGAGCUGAACGACGAUGAUGAAUCAGACGACGAGCAACCACCUCCACCACCAUCGCCGCCGCCGCCGCCAAGUAGUUCAAGAAGGAAAAGACACAGGGAGCCAACUCCUGAUUAUGAUCAGCAAGAAGAGCCAGAGCCAAGGCCCAAGAAGCGAAGAGCAGUUGCUAAUACAGAAUCGGGAACGAGGAACACACCAAACCUGCGCCAACAACCAAGGGAGAAACCUAACAAUUGGUCAUCCGGUAGAAGAAGGAUUGUUCAGCCGGGGCGUGUCCCUCCGAGUGAUCCAGACAACUGGUGUUCGACUUGCAAAAAGAAUCUUCGCUCUUGCGACGGCAACAGACCAUGCCAGGAAUGUCUAAUACACGGUGAAGUAGACUGCAAUGCGGAAAUUGUCGAUCAGCCCUACAGACCUCCUCGCGAGACGAUGACAACCCCUGUUCGGAAUCAACCCAGUAUGACUGGCUAUCCAACGCCUGUAUCGGGCGGGCCAAGGCAGACUUACGACGCCCCUGCCCCAUCUUCUUCAAUGGUUUCCCAAGACAUGGAAACGAUUGAUGUGGAUGCGCCGCCUUUGCAGGGUUACUUAAAUAGCCAAAGGAGAAUCGUGCCAAACGCUACAACAGAGGCAGUCCGCGAAGAAGCAAGUGGAGGGUGGCGGGGAGGCAGAGAGACCACCAAUGCCAAUGCCGAAGAUAUUGAAAACCCCAGUGAAGAUGUGACGCUGGGCGCGCCUGACUUCUUCAGCAACGAGGUCGACAUCAGAAAUCAGAGUAAUGCCAAUACGACUAGGAACAACACUUCAGACAAUGCAGCGGACCCAGAGAGAGCUCCAGGGCCGUCUCAAAACCCAGCGCUUCCUGCCUAUGAUAGAACAACCGCAGCGCCAGCAGCGCCAGGACCUCAGGCCCGCCAGCAAGCACAUAGUUCGAGAGCGAUAACAAAUCCAGUGAAUCCCCACAUUGGGAUCAUGCGCGCCCCCAGUAACAACCCACCAGACAUGUCCAAACCGUGCAACGAGCCCAUACCUCUUCCAGAUGGACCAAAAUGCAAGGAGCGUCCCACACAGUCUUGUGAUUGGAUUGGACACGCGUGGUACAAUGUCUGCAAGGAUUGCGAUGGCAAUGCACGAGCAGGUGACUUUGGACUCGAUGAGGUCGUUUUGGCCCAAACCCAAAACCAUAUGUGCAGCGAAUGCGCGCAAGGGACUAAAAUAAGAUUCACCCAGCAUCCAACCUCGGAGAUCCAAGCCAGGGAAUGUCUCUGUAUUGGCCAGAUACGGAUGGCGUGGCUGUGUGGGACACAUCGGGACGAAGCGACUCAAUAUGUUGAGGGAAGGGCGAAAUUUUUUGAGUACAGUCGAAAGACCAGGGGGUUAUAUGGGAAAUGCCCCGUAUGUGAUGAUAGGGAGGGCGAUGGUAGCACUGGAGUGUGGGAAUGCGGUGCUUGUCGAGAGACCGUCAUCGCGCCGUAAGGUAGCAUGUUGUGGCUAUUGUAUUUGUAGGGCUGGUUCCAUUCGUAUUCUAUCAAUUUAAUGCCGACAUCCUAAAAUGACAUACCAAGCUUGCCUCUGCGUGAUUG